CCCGGAUGGCGCGCGGACUCCUCACUCUAGCGCCGCCGCGUCGCCUCCCGGAAGCGUCCGCCCGCGCGCCAGCGGGUGAGACCCAGUUCCAAGGCUCCAGCCAUCCCAUAUCUCAGUGGAGGCCUGCUGCCCAAUGGCCAUCCCCAAGAGCCCUGUGAGCCCGGUGCCCUGGGAACAGGGUGACUUUCUGCGAGUGAAGGUCGAGGAUGAUGGCCAGCAGGUGCUGGAGCUGCUGGUGCUGGAGCAGUUCCUGGGCACGCUGCCCCCCGAGAUCCAGGCCUGGGCGCGGACUCAGUGCCCCAAGAGUGGCGAGGAGGCUGUGGUGCUCGUGGAGGACCUGACCCAGGCACUGGACAAGAGAGGCUGGGUGCUGGGAUCUGAGCUCUCAGAGGCGAGCUGUAAGCAGAGCAAUUCGGACGAGUCAGAGCCGUUGGACAGGGCCACUGAAACCCUGGUAGGAGGGCUUUCCCCAGGACCCACCUUUGGUGACGCCUGCGAACCUGAGUGCAGCUCAGAGGGGCAGGCCAGACUCUCAGGGAAGAUGUGGACAAAGUCUGUCACCCAAGAGAUGGAUUUCAGGAAAACUUCAGGGCCUCACAAGGGCGCCCUCACAGACCAGCCCGGCUGUGAAGCUGGUGCUUUGGGGGACAGUCCCAACAUGUGGCCAGACUUCACCUCCCAAGAGAAGACUCCUUCCAGAGAGAAAGUGGAUCCACUGGAUGGUUAUGGCACAGAGCCUCCAGGCACGUACUUGGGGAGGAAGCCCUCCAAGUGUGGUGAGUAUUGGAAGACAUUCCGGAGCCCCUUGGCCCUGGAGGCCCACCGGAAGAGCCAUGCUCGGAAGAUGCCCCACACCUGCAGUGAGUGUGAGAAAGCCUUCAGCCGGAGUGCACACCUGGCCCAGCACCAGGUGGUCCACACAGGGGCCAAGCCCCACGAAUGCAAGGAGUGCGGGAAGGCCUUCGGCCGGCUCACCCAUCUGGCCCAGCACCAGAGGAUCCACACCGGGGAGAAGCCCUGUGCGUGUGAGGAGUGCGGCAAGGCCUUCAGCCAGAGCACCCACCUGACCCAGCACCUGCGCAUCCAUACAGGGGAGAAGCCCUAGAGGUGCUAUGCCUGCGGCCGAGCCUUCAGCGACUGCUCGGCUCUGAUCCGGCACCUGAGGAUCCACUCCGGAGAGAAGCCCUAUCAGUGUCAGGUUUGUCCAAAGGCCUUUGCACAGAGCUCGUCCCUUAUCGAGCACCAGAGGGUCCACACGGGGGAGAAGCCCUGCAAGUGCAGCGACUGUGGGAAGGCCUUCAGCCGCAUCUCAGCCCUCAUGGUUCACCUGCGGAUCCACAUCACCGUCCUGCAGUGA